AUGCCCGCACCACCAGCCUGCGCCGACUGCCCGCCGUCGACGUCGACCUCGACCGCCUCGUCGUUGCCGAGCUCUCACGCCCCACAGCCGGGAUCGUCGUCGAGUGCACCACCACCACAGCCACAGCAGCACGACGUCCUCGACCCGGCCACCUUUGUGCCGCCUGCGCUCGGCGAGGGCCACGACCGCGAGGAAGUCCCUCGCGUCAUCAUCGAGUUCUGCGACCGCUGCAGGUGGCUCCACCGCGCCGUCUGGACCCAGACUGAGCUCUUCCUCACCUUCCCGCCCGCCGUCGACUCGUCCUCCCCUCCCGGCCUGCGCGCCAUCACCCUCGUCCCCCGCAACUCGCCCGAGACCGGCGGCCGCUUCCGCGUCUGGCUCCGCCCGUCUGCGCCGCCGAGCGCCGACACACCUGGCAAGGGCAAGGAGAGGUGGAACGGGUGGGAGCUCGUGUGGGACAGGAAGAUCGAGGGCGGCUUCCCGGAGCUCAAGCACCUGAAGCAGCGCAUCCGCAACAUCAUCUCGCCGGCGCAGGACCUCGGCCACUCGGACAAGCCCGUCAACGCCAAGGCGCCCACGACCGCCGCCGCCGCCGCACCAGCACCACCAGUACCAGCGCCUGACGACAACCUCGACGCGACAAGCACGCCGAGCGGCUCGGACCCGAGCACGACGAGCGCUCGUGCCGCCGCAGCAGAAGGAGCGCCGGACGUCGAGGAGCGCAAGCCGGGGCAACUGCUCGCGUCCGACUUUGCGCCUUCGUUCCGGUGUGGCUGAGCAGGAGGUCGUACAUGCCUGACGGGCCUGCAUCGUCGACCGAAUGUGCUCCUCG